UUGUUUUGUUUCUGAUUGAGCGAUUCGUAGCUGGAUUUCUGUGCAUUUUCAAUUUAUUUUUACUAAAAUUUUAUCAAUAUGAGUCGCCGAAAGCGAGCAAAGGUUGAAAACCGCGAAAUGGAUGAAAAACUAAAGCAAGAUGAUUCUGAAUCUGAUCAAUCUGAAAGAAGCAAAGUUACUUCUUCAAGUCCGACGUCGGUCGGUGGUCGACGAGAGUCAUCAUCGAGUCGAACAACUGAAGUCAAAGAAUCUAGGAAAGAAGAGAAGGUGACUAUAGAAGAGACCAAAAGCGACGACAUUGAAGAGAUAAACUAUAAAGAAAUGCUAAACAGUUUGGAAGGUGCAGCAUUUCAAUCACGGUUGCCAUUUGACAAAAUGUCUUCAUUAGAAGCAGAAAGUUUCUCCGAUCUCCAGGGAGCGUCCAGUCAAGCAUUUGUCCAAAUCAGAAAUCGGGUUCUUAAACUCUGGUUUGAGGACCCUAAGAAGCAGCUUACUCAGGAAUAUGCUGUUCAGAAAAUGGAAGCUCCUUAUAAUGGUGAUCCAGCAUUGGUGAUGAGGACACAUGCGUUUCUUGAAAGACACGGAUUUAUAAAUUAUGGUAUUUAUGAACGUAUCACACCUAUUCCGGCACCACCCAAAGGAAAACAGAGACCUAAAGUGAUAAUCAUUGGAGCAGGUGUAUCAGGUCUAGCUGCUGCGCGUCAACUUCAAUCCUUUGGUUGCGAGGUUGUCAUUUUAGAGGGACGAGAUAGAGUGGGAGGACGGAUUUGCACAUAUAGAAAAGGUCCAUAUGUAGCCGAUUUAGGAGCUAUGGUGGUUACUGGGCUAGGUGGUAACCCGGUAACAACUUUAUCAGUUCAGAUGAAUAUGGAACUGCAUAAGAUAAAACAGAAGUGUCCCCUAUAUGAAGCCACUGGAAAUCAAGUUCCUAAGCACAAAGAUGAAAUGGUGGAGCGCGAAUUCAACCGUUUGCUGGACGCUACUUCUUAUCUGUCGCACCAAGUGGACUUUAACUAUUACAACGAUACACCCGUCUCUCUGGGCCAGGCUUUGGAGUGGGUCAUUAAACUUCAGCAGAAAAAUGUCAAGCAUAAACAGAUUCAACAUCUAAAAGCUGUGAUUACUUUGCAAGAAAAACUCAAAACGAACGUAAAUAAAAUGUCUGACAUCCAAGAGUUAUUAAGGUCCAUGAAAGCAGAGAAAGAGUCUUUGAUCGCGGAUAGACAGAAAGGUGCAACGGGAGACGCAAGCGUCUUGCAAGAGUUUAAUUUGCGUCGCUUGAAUAGAGAAAUGAACUUACUGUGCAACGAGUAUGACACUUUGGUCGCCCAGAAUACUGGCAUUGAAGAGAAAUUGACGCAGCUUGAGACUAACCCACCUAGCUCGGUGUACCUCUCAGUCAGAGACAGGCAGAUCUUGGAUUGGCACUUUGCCAACUUGGAAUUUGCAAACGCAACGCCACUAAACACGCUCUCGUUGAAACAUUGGGACCAGGACGACGACUUCGAGUUCACUGGCAACCAUUUGACAGUUCGCAAUGGCUACUCGUGUGUGCCGGUCGCUCUGUCAGAAGGUCUGGACAUUAGACUAGGAACGGCUGUUACGGAAAUCGAAUACUAUGGACCUGGUGUCACUGUCAAGGCUGUCAACCCACGGGCACUCAACCAACCGCAAACGUUCAAAGGUGAUGUGGUGCUCUGCACGCUUCCACUGGGCGUGCUGAAAGUUGCAGUCGCGAACAACGGGCAGAACCAACAGAACUUUAUCAAGUUCGACCCGCCUCUGCCGGAUUGGAAGGUUGCAGCCAUCAAACGCCUUGGCUAUGGCAACCUGAACAAGGUGAUACUGUGCUUCGAGCGAACCUUCUGGGAUCCCAGUGCCAACCUCUUCGGGCAUGUCGGCACGACUACUGCAAGCAGAGGUGAGCUGUUCCUCUUUUGGAACUUGUGGAGCGCUCCGGUCCUUCUCGCGCUGGUCGCCGGGGAAGCCGCCGCCGUGAUGGAGAACGUCACUGAUGACGUCAUCGUCGGCCGCUGCAUUGCUGUGCUGAAGAGCAUCUUCGGUCAUGCCGCCGUGCCGCAACCUAAGGAAUGUGUGGUCACUAGAUGGCGUGCGGAUCCGUUCGCCCGAGGCUCGUACAGCUUCGUCGCGGUGGGCUCGUCGGGAACAGACUACGAUUUGCUGGCUGCGCCCGUGCCCGGCUCGCCCGGAGACAACAGGCUGUUCUUCGCUGGUGAGCACACAAUGCGCAACUACCCAGCCACGGUUCACGGCGCGUUCCUCUCAGGUCUGAGAGAGGCUGGUCGCCUUGCAGACCUUUUGCUGCCUCAGCCGCCUAUCACCAACGCCAGUGUGGCAGCCGCCACAGCCGCCGCCAACCAGGCUUCUUGAUUUUACGACGUGCUGAAGAAGUGUGUGCUUCUUUAGUUUAGACUAUAGGACAAUAGACGAUACGGUCAAUACCCGCUUAUGCUUCAACCACACCAACGUGUGCAGAUCGCUAUCGCCGGCGCGAUCAGCACACGUUGGUGUAGUUGAAGCUUUAAGGUUCCAAAAUAGAAGCUACUACGAUUUAUUGUAUAUGGUUCUCUAAUUCGCUGCCAACCAGGCCUCAUGAUUAUAUGCCUUUCUGAAGAAGUGUGUGUUCCUGCCUCAGCCGCUAAUCACCAACGCCAAUCAGGCUUCUUGAUUUUACGACGUACUGAAGAAGUGUGUGCUUCUCUUAAGCUUCCACAACAGACGCUACGUACGAAUCAUUGAACAUACCCUUCCUAAAGUUUCUUCUUUCUUUCUUUCUUUCUGAAGAAGUGUGUGUUCUUGCCUCAGCCGCCGCAAACCAGGCUUCCAGACUAAAGGACAAUAGAUGCUCGUACCAGUCAUUGGAUACACACCCCCUUAUGUUCCUUACUUACUUAAUAAGUUGACUACAGCCGCUGUUAACCAGAGGGCUUAGUGUGAGUUUACAUCAAACGUCGUCACUAGUGAUCAAGUCAAAAAAAAUCUAUGAUGAUUUUAGUUUUUGAAAAAAUCCACUAGGGUCGCUGUACAAUCCGUCAUAUUUAUUUAAUGGCAUUUUUAAAUUUUUGUAAACUCACAAUAAGCUCCCAGGUCUCGUAUUAUUAUGGUGUGCUGAAGAAGUGUGUUUUACAGGAAAAUAGCGUUAAUUAAUGGUUGUCGAGAGUAGAAACUUUGUGUGUUCGUUUGUGCUUAAUUCAUUCUUUUAAUUUUCAUGGACAUUUUAUUGGCCAUAGAAUAAGUUUUUUUUGUUUAGAUAAUACAAUUUGAUUGAUGUAAUUAGUUUUUAAGUUUAGUCAUAAUAUUUUUCUUUGUGUAUCAGUAAUGAAUUCAAUAAGUAAACAUUGUGAUGAAAUAGUUAUUCAAAAUAAUAAAAGUCUAGAAACAGUACAAUGAAUGUUAGUUAAUUAAUGAAUUGGUGCAUUUUUAUACAAUUUUCAUGAAAUAUUUGUGUAAUGUCAAAUAUUAAACUGUUACAAGAAAACCAAUCACUCUAAAUAUUGUUUACUAUACUUAUGCAAUUAUACAUAAUAUUUCGUGCUACAUUCAUUUAUAGUAUUAAAUUGACAAUGAUUUAAAUCAAACGUCAUUAAAUAUCUUACAGUUAUAAUUAAAAUAAACUGAACAGCAACAUAAGUUCGUAUGAAAUUCUAAUAACAUUUGUUAAGUGCGAUGAAAAGUUUUGUAACUUCAAAUAGUUAUAGCCAAUAAAUAUUAAUUGCUAAUUAAAAUGUGCGUUCGGAAAAGUAA